CCGUGUUUGUUCGACAAAGGGGACUUUUCAUAUCGAAGUAAGCUGGCAAAAGAGAAGGCCUGGAAAAGCGUAGCGGCUGCCACAAAUGCGAAUGUUCAGCUGUGCCAGAAUAGGUGGAGGUCCCUUCGCGACCGAUAUCUUAAGGAGGUGAAAGCUGGGAAGCUGCCAUCGGGAAGUGCUGCAGCAGAAGGAAGUGGUUGGAGGUUUUUUGAGCCCAUGUCGUUCCUGCAGCGCUACGUUGCCCCUCGCAGAACUAUUUCCAACAUCGAGUGGUUAAGCGAAGACCCUAUCUAUAGUGAAUCCGGACAAUGUUUCGAUGUAGAAUCAGAUGGCAACAUGUCAUUCAUGAAUGAUCCCAGCGAGAUCGUAACACCUAACGAAGUUUGGGAUUGUAUCGAGUGCGAGGCAGCCCCGCCGACAGCCCCGCCGGCAGUACCGCCGGCAGCACCACCAACAACACCUCUGACAGCACCACCGACAGCAAGUAAAACUUCGAAACGUACUGAAAAGCGCCAAAAGGACGAAGAUCGCUUUGACGGUCUUUGUGGGGCUGUAUCCGAUUGGAUACAGAAAGAAUCGAAACCCAUCUCACGAAAUACGGGCUUUUUUAAAGUUUUAGAUGGUUAUUUAAUGAAGUAUACAGAUGACGAGCAGGGUGAAAUAAAAAUAAAAUUAUUAAGCUUUGUAAGUAGCUACCGGUAUGAGAACACCGUCUAGUGCACUAUUGUUAACGUUUUUUAAAACAAAGUUUUUGAUGAAAUUUUGCAAACUGUGCACCUAUAAAUGAGAAAGUGGUUAUUAGCUGUUGUGAUCAAAAAACGUUUGUAAUGUAAAAAUCAAGUGGUUAUGAAUAACUAAGUUUUGUGUAGCUUUUUGGCUUUGAUUUUGACUAUGCAAAAGCCUUUGGACCUUAUGAAUAAAAACUAAGCAAUUGCUUCUUAAAA